GAUUGGCUCGCCCCCUAGAAGGCGGGGGGGGGAGGGUGGAAUGUUGGCUGUUUGAGCGUUCCAGAGAUACUUCGCUUCGCACCCCCCGCACGUCGGCCGGAGGAGACGCGGCGGGGAGAGUUAAGCCUCCGGGUCCAACCGGGCUCCUCCACACCGCCCAAGCUGCCCUCCCGCAUCGAAGGAGCCUAGGAAAUCUUUAGAAGUGCACAGAUUUGCUCGGAAGCAAGCGAGAGUCCUCUCCUUGCAAGUGGCAGAAGGCUCCAAAGCGUCGAUUUGGUCUGAUCGGAGAAACCAGAGGUUGGGAGAGGAAGAGGAGUCACGAGGAAGGAGAUCCAUCGAGAUGGUAGACUACCUGGCGAACACAGAGAUAAACAGCCAGCGCAUUGCUGCCGUGGAGAGCUGCUUCGGGGCAUCUGGCCAGCCGCUGGCUGUGACCGGCAGGGUCCUCUUGGGGGAAGGCAUCCUGACCAAAGAAUGCCGCAAGAAAGCCAAGCCGCGCAUCUUCUUCCUCUUCAACGACAUCCUGGUGUACGGCAGCAUUGUGAUCAACAAGCGGAGGUAUAGCUCCCAGCACAUCAUCCCCCUGGACGAAGUCACCUUGGAAACCUUGCCCGAUACCUUGCAGAUGAAGAACCGGUGGAUGAUCAGGACCACCAAGAAGUCCUUUGUCGUCUCGGCCGCCUCCCUUACCGAGAGGAAAGAGUGGAUCAGCCACUUGGAGGAAUGCAUCCGGCACUUGUUGUCCAAGACGGGCCAGCAGCCCCCCACGGAGCACGCCGCCCCCUGGAUCCCUGACAAGGCCACCGAUAUCUGUAUGCGUUGCACCCACACCAAGUUCUCCACGCUCACGCGGAGGCAUCACUGUCGGAAAUGUGGGUUUGUGGUGUGCGGGGAAUGCUCCCGCCAAAGAUUCCUCAUGCCGCGCUUGUCUUCCAAGCCCUUGAGGGUUUGCAACCUUUGCUACAAGCAGCUGGUAGCCGAAAAAAGGGAAAGCGAAGACUGCCAGAGUCCAUCGAGACCCAUCGAUUCGCCUCUGGUUGGCUACGAACCUUCCAGCGGGGAUGACAGUGAUCGAUCCGAUGACGACAAGGUGGAACCGUGGCCAGCAGAAACUGAGUUCUACACGUCCGAUGCGGCUUGGUCGUCUUUUAAUAGGUGACCUUUGAGAUACUGUCGUUAAGUGGAGGGGCCAUGUGUUUAUUUCUGAGGAGUACAAGGGCCACCCACUUGCAUUGGUAGACUUUUCGGAGGAGGACAUUAAUCGUGGUGUUAAAACGUUGCAUGCACUUUCCUGUUCUGUGAAUAAGGGAGAAGGCUUGUCCACACCCAACAACUAUGGUCAGGCCCUGAAAUUGCUCCAAAAGCAAUUUCUUUUAAAUGAAGUUGGAAAUAGGGCUAAAUUGGAUGCUUGCAGCAAUCCCAGACACAAUGCUGAGUUUGUGCCGGAAGAUGCUGGCCCCUUUAAUUAGCUGUGGUGCUACAGACAACCCUGUUCAUGGCUCUUAAAAUGUUGAGAUUCACCUCUGGAAUGUUGCGGGUUUGCACACUAGGACAACCAAAGUUGUACUGGCUACAGAAAUCCAUCUUCCUCUGAAGCAGGGUCAAAUUCUGGAUCCCAGGUUAAGAAAUCCACAGGGAGAUCUACUUGGGGAACUCUGUACUGAUAGCCUGUUGUUGAAGCACUGUGUAAAUGUUCAUCAAGUGCUGGGAGUAGUAUUUUUCAAGAACCCAACCAUUUUCAACUUAGUCUUUAAGGCGGGGGAAAUCCAAUCCAGGAUGCUGGAUCAGAUAAAAGAUCCAAACUCCUGCUUUCCACAGUGGCCAACCUGAUCUUCUGGGAAGUCCACAAGGAGGGCAUGAGAGCAGUGAAGAAUUUAAAUACAUUGAGGUCAUUCACACAGUCUAAAACUGUGUUCUGCCUGGGUUUGGUAGUCGUGUGUGCUCUCGGUUUUCGGUUGUGUGGAAGCAAGGUAGGAGGAAAACCAGGAUAGAAAUGUUCCGUCUAACAGAGAUUCCAAAAUGUUGUUGUUGACUACAACUCCCAGCAUUCCCAGCUGCAAUAGCCUUUGCUUGGGGAUUAUGGGAGUUGUAGUCAACAACAUCAGGAAAUCCCUUUUAGAGGGAAUACUGUUGGGUAGAAGUGAUUGUGUGGAAGGAAGGUAGGAAAGUCUGGUAGCUUUUCUUCUUGCCUUGCUUCCACACAAUCACUUCUACCCAGGUUUUCCUCCUGCUUCCACACAACUGAAAAUUUGGAGCACACACAGCUCCCAAACCUGGGCAGAACACAGUUCUUGACUGUGUGAAAGACCUCAUUGAUCCUUUAGCAGAAGGUCCAGUUUGUGAGGUGGCAGCGAGAUAAGGUGAAGUACAGGAUAGGGGAGAUCUGGCUUGACAGCUGUACAUGUAAAAGGGACCUAGGUGUCUUAAUGGACAGCUGGUUGAAUAUGAGCCAGUGGUGUGAUGCAGCUGCUAAAAAAGCGAAUGCAAUCUUAGGGUGCAUUAACAGAAGCAUAAUAAGAAGCAAUAAUUCCAACCUGUUCUGCAUUUUUUAGACCUCAUGUGGAAUCCUGUGUCCAAUCCUGGACCCCACAUUUUAAGAAUGUUGAUAAAAGAUGUGAAGGGUCUGGAAAUCAAGUGUGUGAAGAACCGCUGAAGGAGAUGGAUAUGUUUAGCCUGGAGAGAAAAAGACCAAGGGGAGGUUGGGAAGCCACCCUCCAAUAUCUGAAGGGCUGUCACCUAGAAGGAGCAAACUUGUUCUUUGUUGCUCCUGAAGGCCGUUCACACAAUCAAAAACUAUGUUCUAUCCGGGUUUUGGUGCUGUGUGUGAUCCCAAUUUUUGGUUGUGUGGAAAACCUGGGUAGAAGUGACUGUGUGGAAGCAAGGUAGGAAGAAAAGCUACCCUAGUUUUCCUCCUACCUUGCUUCCAUACAACCAGAAAUUGAGAGCACAGACAGCUCCCAAACCCGGGUAGAACACAGUUUUUGAUUGCGUGGAUGACUUCUAUGAGUUUAGGCGUCUGUGUGUAAACUUGGAUUUUGUUUUCUAGCGUUGGUGUAUCUUGAUUUUGGCGGGUGGGGGGGAUAUUCAAAAUAAGAAAAGAAACAGUAGAGACACUGAUUCUUCAAUGUCUAUAUGGUAAGCAGAGAAUGUGGUCCUGUAAUUGUAAUGUCUUCCACAUGCAGGAAAUCAUAAAAAAUGACAUGUUUUGGAAAAACUCAAAAUAACUAGUCUAGAAAAGGCUUACUGGUAAAGUGGUGCUGGAUUUUCUAGAAGGGAAAGAAACACAUUAUUUUACGAUUUACAUUUUUUUAAAAAAACUAUGCACACUUAAAAUUUUGCUACUGUCUGAUAGAAAAAUUGUCCUUGAAACAGAAGGGUCUGUAAAAAUCCCUACCAUACCACACAUAGUCUUCAAAUUAAAGUAUCUGUAGAUUAUUAUUUUUUCAGUGUUUCUAAGGAUUUUUUCAAUCCUGCUAAGGAUUUGUUUAAAGGAGAUUUUGGUUUUCAGGGUGUAGAGAAAUGAGCUGAAAAAUGGCAACCACUGGCACUGACCAGUGGGGAGGAGAGCUGGUCUUGUGGGAGCAAGUAUGACUUGUCCCCUUAGCUAAGCAGGGUCCACCCUGGUGGCAUAUGAAUGGGAGACUAGAUGUGUGAGAACUGUGAGAUAUUCCCCUUAGGGGAUGGAGCUGCUCUAGGAAGAGCAGAAGGUUCCAAGUUCCCUCCCUGGCUUCUCCAAGAUAGGGCUGAGAGAGAUUCCUGCCUGCAACCUUGGAGAAGCCGCUGCCAGUCUGGGUAGACAAUACUGAGCUAGAUGGAGCUAUAGUCUGACUCAGUACAUGGCAGCUUUCUCUGUUCCUAAGUUCCUAUGACCACCACUUUGGAAAUACAGUAUUGGUUUCCACAUUGCGCUGUAUUAACCUGACAAUCAUGACAGCUGAAAUACAAACCAAAAAUGGGUCCUUUGGCAAUUUUAGCCACUUCAUUUUCAAACUUAUCACGAAGGGCUAGAAACUUGCUUUUUGUUUUUAAAUAAUUUUCUCUGAGCUAGCAAGACUGCAAAUUCUUCAAAAGUGCCUUUUAUAGGAUGAAUUCUGCAUGCUCACCAUGCACUUCAGAUUAAGGAGCAGAAUUUCUGAGUUUAAUGGCAUAGCUCCAAAUGCACUCGGCCCUCCAUGCUUAAAAAUUAAGCAUUGACGAGUGCUUUGAUCAUAGGCUGGAGAUAGAUUGAAAACCAACUUGGACAGGAGUUUUCAAACUCUGGAUCCCCAGAGUUUUCAAAUGUGGAUCCCUUGUAGCGGGGGAUUAUGGGAGUUGAAGUCCAACAACAUCUGGGGGCCCAAGUUUGAGAACCUUGGUCACCCUUGUAACUUGGGUUCUGCAGACAAACACAACAGGGCUGUUGGCAUAUUUUUAUAUUGAAAUGUACGUAACCAAAACAUUGUCCUCUCAGUGCUAACAGCAACUUUGAUAUUGCAAUUCAUUUUAUAUUGGAACCUUAAUUAUACCAGUAACGAGUGUUAAUAUUGGCAUGAUCUUGUUUUUUGUAUUCUUGUCAUAUUGGAGCAGAAACAUUAGUUGGCGUUUUUAAACUUGCACUCCCCUAAUCUGUGGGGUUUUCCCCCCCAUCUACCAAUAUGUUUACAUUGGGGCUAGCAGCCCAUGAAAGUUUUUUCCGUCAGUUAACUGCUCUCUUUUUUUUCCUGUUUUACUAAUGGAUACAUUGCUGAUUAAAUAUUAGUAUGUCUCAAUAA